AUGGCUCUACAGCGAUAUACUACCUCUGUAGACGGCUCGAUCCCCGUCCAGGCACUGCUAUAUAAUGACGAAGAGCUAUUGGCCAAUCAGGAUGGUGUAGGGAUCUACGACGGCUCACAGAAAUCCCCAGAGCACCAGAACGGAACCGUCAGCGUCACCACUCACCGUCUCUUCUACAUUGAUUCUCGGCGAGAGAUUCGCAACUCGUUUACAUUGGAUCUUUCCUUCAUUACGCAGACGGAAUACUAUGCGGGCCUCUUCAAGUCGUCGGCUAAAGUUACUUUGCACCUCUCUGGAAAUCCCACUGAAUCGGGCCCAAGUGAACAAGGGGUACCACUCGCCCAAUUUGAUAGCUGGGAAUGCGAAGUAUGCGCAUACCGAAAUCCACCUGGUCUAAGUCCAGCAGCCGCCCGAGUCUGUGGGCUCUGCGGGGUGCCUCGCUCCGCCAUUCCCGCACCUGCCCCAGUCCAUCUAUCCUCGUCAUUGCCGUCAUCUUCCUCCACAUCUCUGGCUGCAAGCUCGAGUAUCCACAAUCGGACGGAGGUCCCAUGCUCUGCGUGUACAUUUCUCAACCACCCGUACCUGCGUUCGUGUGAGAUUUGCGGUACAGAAUUGCCACAGCCCAGAGGAGAAUUCAAAUCAGCACCCUCCUCGAGACCUCUCACCCCGGACCCCGAUGAGGAUGGAGCUGCGACAAAGAUGAUGAAGAUUAGCUUUCGUAAAGGUGGUGACAAGCCCUUCUACGCGGCCCUAAAGCGCAGCCUGAAGGGAAAGGCAUGGGAGGUUCAAGUUGCUCUUACGAGCACGAAUAACGCAACAAAUGCCGUUGGGAUGUCGGGAAUAUCUGGUAUUCUCAGGACGGUGGAAAGUUCCGCUCAAGGGAGAGAGAAUAACAUGAAAGAUGCCCUACAGGAUCUUGAGGCCCUCAUGGUCAAGGCGAAGGACAUGGUGAAGCUGGCUGCGGAACUCAACGAGAAGUUGACCGCAGCCGCGAGUUCGGCAGUCUCGACUGCAACAGAACCAGAAGAAGCAACCUUCAUCCGUUCGUCUCUCUCGCAGCUUGGGCUGCAGAUGUCCAACGCGCCGGUCACGCUCGACAUGAUGACGGAUGAGCGGAAAUGGCACGAAGAGUUGGCCAGGGAACUAGCACGCGUGUUGCAAGGCCUCUCGGGGUCGAACAACGGGAUGAUGAAAGAGCGCGGGAUUAUCGCUCUUGACGAAGUGUGGGGCGGCUGGAACCGAGCGAGAGGUGUCGCUCUCAUCCCACCGUCGACGUUCCUACAGGUGAUCCCGCAUUUGCAUGCAUGCACAGAACCCACGAUCCGCCACCGCGCCUUUGGGUCUGGGUUGAACGUGCUUCAUACACCGCCAUACACCAACGCGGCAUUCGCCGCCCGCCUUUCGAGCUAUCUAGCCAUGGGAGGCCCAAAGACUACGAUUGAGAUCGCCACCGAGGAGGACUUGACCGUGGGGUUGGUCACUGAGAUGAUUGACGAGGUCGAAAGUGAUGGCGGGAUUUGUAGGGACGACAGCAGCGCCGCCAUCACCGGCGGGGGAAGUGGAACGGGUGUAGAGAUUCGGUGGUGGGGAAAUCUGUUCGUUGGCUACGUCUGGGACGGUCAGGAAUAG